AUGCUGCAUGUCAUCAACACUCAGACUCACUUAGGCUUGCCUGCCUGUGUGUUGCCCCAUGACUAUCAUUGUGCUGAUGCCAUUUUGUUGUGUGUGAAUGUGUCUGAAGCUCGCGUACAGGUCCUUCAGACUCUCCCGCUCCCGCUGGUGGUGAGGCCUCCAUCUCCACCUCCUCCGGCAUUGUCCUCCAUCCCCCCCCCACCGCCACCACCUCGAGUUGCGGCUGCUCCACCUACGCUCGCGGUUCCGGCUCCGGCGUUGACCAGGGAGGAGUCCCGUCGCGUCUCCGUGGAGGAGACGCCAUCUGGGGAGGCCACCCUGGCACCAGCGCCGGCGAAGAGGAAGAGGAAGGAGAGGAAAGUGGAGCAGCCCGCAACACCCACUCCUGCUUCGGCUGAGUCCCGGUUGCCUGAGAGCUGGCGGACAGCUCUCACCGUGGAAGAGCAGGAGUGGAUCGGCCGGGAGCUGUUUAGGAAAGACAGCGAGGGGAGGAGCAAACUCACCACAGACCUCAAGCUGUGGUGGGACCCCCCUCAGCCCCGGCCGAGUUACACUCAGCCACCCGCCUCGCCAGCUGCCUUCUUCGCGUGUCGGCUGUUCCUCUGGACCCCCCUGCGUCUGUGGGGCGUCCGGCCGACAUGCUGUAAUAGGGCCCUCACCAAGUGUGGGCUCUACAGGACCAUCCGGAGGGUCCUGGACAUCGACGGCUGGUACUUGAUGGCCACCGAGUACCUGGAGUGCCGUCGGUGUAAGAGGAAGGUAGCUGCCUGGUCGCAGGAGGUCGUGAGUCAGCUGGGAGAGGGGCAUCGCGCCCUCUUCCCGGCAAUCCUCACCUACAAGCUUGCCUGCGACCGGCGGGUCAUCAUCCAGCUGCGUGAGCGUACUCGGGGGAACAGCGCCACGCAGCUGUACAAAAAACUCUGUGAGGCACACACAGAGGCCUGGAUGCGGCGGUCCAUACACUACCUCAGCGUCAUGGAGCCCUUCACGUCGCGGGGUGUCGUGCGCAUGUGCACCCCACCACCAAAACCGCCACCCGUGCCCCAGUACGCGUGGCUGUUAAUGGUGUACUGCCACGACAUCCUCUCCCGCCUGGAGGACGUGAAGGCCCGGGUCACCUCCGUCUUCGGAACGGUCCUGAAGAUGGAUUCGACCAAGAAGGUGACCCGGAAGCUCUCCGGUGCUGCCGCCCAGACCGCAGCGUGGGCAACGAACGUCGGCAACGAGCACGGACAGGUGCUCAUGUCCGUGCUCACGGACGCCGAGGGUGCCGGCCUGUUGCCCAUGGCUGCGGGGUUAAUGCGGCGGUAUCGGGACGCUGGGGUGGAGCCGCCUCAGCUCCUCUACGUUGACCGGGACUGUUGUUCGUCCCACGGGGGAUCCAAGACAGCUGACAUGUUCAGGAAGUGGGACAAGCUGGUGGUCCGGCUGGACAUCUGGCACCUGAUGCGGCGGUUCGCGUCAGGUGUCACCACCGAGAGCCACCAGCUGUAUAAACCCUUCCUGCAGCAGCUGUCUUCGUGCAUCUUCCUGUGGGACCCAGAGGACACAGCCCGGUUGCUCAACGCCAAGAAGAGGAUGCUUGAGGCGCAGGGGAUGACCUUCUCGUCCGACGCCGGAGUGUGGAGGCACGUCAGCCGCAAGAAUAUGGCUCUCCAUUGCCGUCGCCGCACGCGUGGAGCGGCGGAGACGGAGCGGCUGAUCGGUGACCUCCUGGAAACCUUCGGCGGUGCCAACGGACGAGACACCAUGGGGAUUUCCCUGCUGGACCAAGACCGCAUCCAGAAGAUCUGGACGGAGCAGCGGCGCCACCUCCAUUGCAUCCAGGACCCGCCGGGCGUGGAGCUGUACACUGAGACCGGCAGGGUGACCCAGGGGGGGAUCAGCCUGCCGGUGUACCGUUGUGCACGAGGCUCCACGUCCCUGGAGUCGUUCCACCUGCAUCUCAACCGCUUCAUUCCAGGAGAAAGUGCCAAUCCCUGGCACUUCCAGGCAUUUCUCCUGGAGGGGUUGACGCGGUGGAACGCGGACAGGGCGGCGUCCGUGGCACAGGAGGGACGGCAGCUGCUCCGCUCCUACAAUGGCCCCCUGCAGCACUCCCUUGACCAGCUCAGCCAAAGGGUGCUUGGCACGAGUGUGGUCAAGGAUUACACCAAGCCCAGGGAGUACACCGGGGAACUCAUCGGCAUCGAGUACCUGUACUCCCAGACGGGCAGAGUGCUGCAGGACGUCAGCUUGGACCCUGACAUUCCGGACGCGGGGGGGGACGUUCCCCAACUCGUUGAGGAUGACGAGCUCGCCGACGGCCAGCAGGAGGUGGAGGACCUCACCCUCCACGUGCCUGGCGAGUUCCCCUCUCCUCAGACGGACCCGCGGUCAGGGCGACCGGCUGACGCACCCGCGCCCGAGCCAUCCAGUCCGACCGGUGCCCCCGAACCCGCACCCCACUCCCCCGGCCGGUCCUCUCCAGAGCCUCAGCAGGCUGCUGAGGACUACAGAGGACCAGAUGACCAGCCGGGGUACCUGGCCGUGGUCCAGUUGGCCACGGCCUUGGUGGGGUUGCGUCACGAACCGGCCUUGUCCGAGGGGAGGGUAGAUGAGCUCAUCAGGCUCUACGAGGCCCUGUCACCGUACGACAGGGCCCGAGUAGUUUACCCUCCCCGCUACAGGGACAGGCCAGCUCAGGGGCGCUUCAUGGCAGCAAAGCCAAGCCGCACCAGUAUACCUGGUGUGGAAAGCUUGAGGCGCUGCCUGGUCGGAGAGACCUCUGGACCUGCCAGCAGUCCCAGCGCAAGCCGGCUGGUAGAGGCAGUAUGCACCCAGCUCUGCCGCUUCAUCCCCUCGGGCAGCCGUGCGCGCGGUGCCCGGAGGUCGCGGUGGGACAGCAUACUGCUUCGGUACCAGCACAUCCGGGACCUUGUGCUGGGCCACCAGAGGCUGAUGGCUCGGGCGCCCAUACAGCUCUUUGAGCUGAACGCCAGGACCCUCUCGCUGUGGUUCACCAGGACGCAGCGGGAGAAGGAGAGGACUGUGCUAGCUUCAGGCGUUGCAGCAGAGGGACGACCACCAGCGGCAGCGGGUUCGGCAGUGGCAGCGCCGGGCCCAGCAGCAGUGGAUCGUUCUCCGGCAGCAGCAGCAGCAACAGGCCAGGCGACGACAGCAGCGCCAAGGACGGCGGGACCUCUGGCAGCAGCACCGGCUGUGGCAGCACCGGUGCCUGUUCUGCCAGCGCCAGUGCGCCCACUGGCGCCUUUACCGCCUGCCCCCUCAGCUGUUGUCCUGGCUGUACCACCGGCUGCUGCAGCUGCAACAGGACCUUUUCCGGCAACACAGCCUCUCUUUCUGGACCUCUCACUGCCCCAGCAGAGUGUGAGGGUGCUCCCCAUCCCAACGCUCCCUCGGACAACACCAGCCCCACACGUCCUCCCUCUGCCGCUGGCUGACGCACAUCACGCCGGCCCUCGGCUGCCUGCACCUCCUGCUCCCCCUCCUCAGCCUCGCACUGCAUACAAAACUGAAUGGCUGAGGAGGAAGAGGGCUGAGCAGAGGGCAGCGGCAGGAGCAGUCGUCGCUGCCCGGGCCGGCGUGCCACAAGAACAAAAGUGCAGGAGAUGCGGCCAGCCAAAGCGGAGGGAGACCGGACACACCCGCUACGGCAAUGUGCAUUUUUGCUCUGCCGCCGCGGCGGGUAAGAGUGUGGAGGACUGGCUGAGGGAGGUGAAGGACCAGGGUCGAGCCCCGGACUGA